CCCUUUUUAGGCAGUGCAAUUUAAUGCAAACAUACCAUCCAGUCACAACUGUUCCGACAACCCCCUCCCUGUAUCCAACCAUUCCUACCUGGGAUAGAAACCAUUCCGCUGGGCCCGGGGUUAAGCAAUAUGCUCGCCUGCUCCGCCUCCAGAAUUCGCGUGGACGCCCACGGAACGAUCAGAGAGCGGCACAAGGGGCAUGGAACGUCAUCUCCCAACCGAAAAUGCAGGCUCGGACGAUUAUGGUGUGCCAUGCCGAUUGGCGAAGGACAUGCAACCCCCCUCACCAUCCCUUCUUCGCUUGGGAUACCGGUACUUAUCAUUAAGUUAUGUUCUUGUCGAUUGAAAGAAUAUAGAAGAGAGUUGGAUUCAUGAUCUUUGCUUUGCCUUUGCCCAUCGAAUUUUCAAGCAGCUAAACAAUGGCGUCGACCCAACCAGCAGCUGACGAUCUGGCGCCUAGCGCUAGCCCCAAAACAUCCCCAAGCGGGAGCCCGCUGAACGAGGAGCACGGCGAUACCGAUUCGGCAUAUGAUGAAGGUUCACUCAAUCUCUCGACGGCGUCGGUGCCAACGAGCGUGUAUCAGUAUCGAAAGGAGCAUGGCAGAACAUAUCAUGCGUAUAAAGAUGGGCAAUAUAAUUUCCCCAAUGAUGCGACGGAACUAGAUCGAUUAGAUCUCCAGCAUAUGAUAUUCCUCCUCACCUUCGACGGAAAGCUGCACAAUGCGCCUAUCAAGAAUGAUAUCCACCACGUUCUGGACGUUGGAUGUGGAACGGGUCUUUGGGCGAUGGAUUUUGCGGAUGCACAUCCGGAAACAAAAGUCCUUGGGAUUGACCUAAGCCCCGUUCAGGAUUCCUUUGUUCCUCCGAACCUCGAAUUUGAAGUAGACGAUGCGAAUGAGCAAUGGCUGUUCAAGAACAAAUUCGACUUCAUCUUCGCUCGACAACACCACAGUGCGAUCGAGGAAACGAAGCUGAUAGAUCAAGCUUUUGACAACCUCGAACCUGGUGGCUGGAUUGAAUUACAAGAGCUCUGCCUCCCUUGCGUCUCCGACGAUGGCACCCUCUUGUCUGACUCCGCGCUCCUUCGGUGUUUCAACCUUCUAGUCGAGGCAUCCAAGAAGAUCGGCCAACCAGCCGACUCCCCAAAGAAUUACGAGCCCGCGAUGCGCAAGCGUGGGUUCGUGAACGUGGAGAAGCAUGUGCACAAAUGGGCGACCAAUACCUGGCCCACCGACCCGAAGGAAAAGGAAAUCGGGAAAUGGACGAAGGAAAAUCUCUUUCAGGGAAUUCAGGGGUUUGCUCUGGCGCUGUUGACCAGGGUGUUGGGGUGGGGAGAGGAUGAAGUGGAGGUGUUGCUGAUGGACGUCCGAAAUGAAAUCAAGAAUACCGAAAUUCACGCAUAUUGGCCGUUGUAUGUUGUCUAUGGUCAGAAGCCAGAGAAUCCGACAGCAUAAAAAGUUGAUUCGGUUUCAAGGCCGUUAUGUACUGGACCAGAUCAGUAGCAGCACCGGAAAGGACAUGACGAAAUAGUGUAAAUAGCGUGGGAUACCCUCAUUUAGCAUGGAAUUGGACUCAAUGAAUUUGUGCACUGCUUUGAC